AUGAGCGUCUUCAACCCUAAGAUCCUCGACGCGUGUAUCCGAGAUGUCACCGCAAGUCUCCCAGACGAACAGAAGGCAGAUGUGCUUCUCCAUGCCAUGGGACAGCUUCCCUUAGAGCGCUCUAGAUUGCUCAUCGAGAACGCAGUCCAGUCCUGCCUCUCGCUCAACGGUCUCUCUGUGGCCAAUGCCGCCAAGGCCCGCUUGAUGCGCGCCAGGGCUAGGCUCGCCGCCGGACUGCAUGUCGGCGCCCACCAAGACCUCCAGGCUGUCAUGGCCAUCGAGCCCGAACACCCGGAAGCCAGGGCGCUUAUGGUUCAUCAUGUCGCAAAUUCGGGCAAGUCUCUGAUCCAGCCGCAUACGACCCCAGGGUUCUCGACAGAAAUAUGGCGGGAGAUCGCACGAUGGCUCCCGCCGCGCGACCUCAAAAAUGUCCUCCUCGUCCCGCACAUCCUGUCCCGCAUCGCAAGCGAGCUCCUGUUCCGAAAGAUCGAUUUGUUCUUUGUACCGGAUAAGAGGGAGUCACAGCGCAGCGCCGACAUCCUGACCCGCGUCAUCGUCGACAAGGAGUUUGCGAAGCAUGUCAAGACAUUGCGGGUGUUCUACCAGGGGCGCGAUGUAUCGCCGAUGACGUUCCAGACAGGCAUGCUGGCCAACGCGUUGCCAAAAUUGGUAAAUCUCAGAAACGUCCAUUGCUCAAUGCGAUUGCGCGAGAUGCUCUCCUUCCUGCGCAUCCUCGAAUCCGCGAAUCACCGACUGCGCGGGAUGUCAUUAAUGUGGGUCCAGCCUCUGGAUGGGACCGCGGAGCUGCAGUUCCCACGCUUCCGGCAUAUUACGCAGUUCUCAUACGUCUCGACGGGGGGCAACCCAGCGGACGUGCAAGAGUUCCUGCAACAAAACAAGCCUUCCAUCCGCUCCAUCUUCCUGCACAAUCAGCAUUGGACCUUCCCAUCGGAGACGCUCUCCAUCCGCAAUUUGACCAACCUCGACUUCCUCGGCCUCUUCCCCUCCGAGUCGCGCGCGUUCGCGGACAUCCUGAGCAACGGGCACCAGCUCGAGUCCCUCCGCCUGCAGUGCGUGCUCAACUGCAACGCGUCCGCGCAGUUCCGCGAGGGCGCCGCGGCGCACGCGCUCCCGUUCCUGCGGCACUUCGAGUUCACGCUCCUCGGGUACAACGUGAACGAUCACGACCUCUUUCCCGCGAUCUCAGCGUUCCUGCGCGACCGCCGGACGCUCAAGACGCUCGUGCUCUCCGUGCCGAGCGCGAACUGGGCGCAGAAGAGGUUGGGGUACGAUGCGGGCGUGUGGGGCGUGCUCCCGAGCCUGACGGAGCUGAAGGCGCUCACGGCGACCCUCCCGAAGGACGUGGCGGCGGCGGUGGCGAUGUGGCUCGUCCCGCGCGGGGUGACGGCGCUGUCGCUGCAGGCGGAGCCGUCGACGGACGCGGUCCCAUUUGUCUCGCAGAUGCGCCCGGGCCUCCCGCCGAACCUGAGCUUCAUGGGGCUCUCGCAGUUCGAGGUCAAGGACGUCGCGGCGGUCGUCGAGGCGGGCUUCCCGAUGGUGCGUGUCGUGCGCGUGGACGACGAUUACUAUACUGUCGAGCGGCUCGAGGACGGGCGCGUGAAAAUGCAGGCGUGGCCCGAGGCGAGGGGCCAUUGGAACAUACGGGAGUGGUUGCAGAGUUACGGAUGCGAGGAUGCGGAGUGGAGGCAUCCGAGCGAGUUCUUGUAG